GGUGAUCCGCUCCAUCCUGCAGAGCGGGCGGAUCGGGCCCGACAUCCGCCUGGCCGAGUGCUACGGGCUGCGCCUCAAACACGUCAAAUCCGACGAGAUCCACUGGCUCCACCCCGACCUCACCGUCGGCGAAGUCCAGGAGAAAUACGAGUGCCUCCACCUGGAAGCCGAGUGGAGGUACGACCUGCAGAUCCGGUACCUGCCGGAGGAUUUCAUGGAGCGCUUCAAGGAGGACAGGACCACGCUGCUCUACUUCUACCAACAGCUCCGCAGUGAGUACAUGCAGAACUUCGCCAGCAAGGUCAGCGAGGGCAUGGCCCUGCAGCUGGGCUGCCUGGAGCUCAGGUAUGGCCUUUGUCACCCUGUGUGUCACCCUGUGUGUCACCCUGUGUGUCACCCUGUGUGUCACCCUGUCCCCUUGUCCCUGUGUGUCCCCAUGGCCCUGCAGCUGGGCUGCCUGGAGCUCAGGUAUGGCCUUUGUCACCCUACCCCGCUGGGACCCUCCCUGGGAUCGGGAAUUCCCGCUGACAUUCCCGGGAUCGGGAAUUCCCGCUGACAUUCCCGGGAUUCUCUGCUCCGCAGGAAGGAGGUGGGGCUGGACCUGUUCUUCCCAAGCCAGAUGCUGGAGAACCUCAAGCCGCGGCACCUGCGCAGGAUGAUCCAGCAGACGUUCCAGCAGUACGCGCUCCUGCGGGAGGAGGAGUGCAUCCUGAAAUUCCUGCACACCCUGGGAACCUUCGCCCCCAUCGACCAGGAGAGCUUCCGCUGCCAGCUCGUCGUGAGUGGGAUUCGGGAUGGGCUGGCGGAAUUCCGGGAUAUCAAAUCCAUCCGGUGCUCGGUGGUGGAGGACGGCCAGGCCCUGCUGCAGCUGGGGCUCAGCGGGAACCCCCCGUCCCUGGCGAUCAAGACGGCGUCGCUGGCCGAGGCGGAAAACAUGGCCGACCUCAUCGAUGGCUACUGCCGGCUCCAGGGGGACUCGGAGACAUCGCUCCUCGUAUUCCCGAGGAAAGAUCGGGAGAAGAGGAUCAGCCUCCCGCAGAUCCCGGCCCCGAAUCUCGGGGAGAGGCAUUCCACGCUUUCCCACAGCGUCAGCGGGGAUUCCGAAAUCUACGCUGAAAUCCUGGAUGAAUCCUCGAGGCCAAGAUCCGGAAGUAGGUGCUUCCCUUUGGGAAUUCUCCACCUGGGGUGUCCCAGCUCCUCUUGCCCAUCCCAAAUUCCCGGCCCAUCCUCAGCAAACCUCUCAGAAGGGCGGGAUCCGUGGAUCCUGGGAACGUUGGAGAGAUCAGGAUCCAAGGAUCCUCGGAUCGGGAUGGGAUUGGCCAUGGAUGGGGAUUGGGAUUCCCGGCAUUCCAGGGGUGGGAAUUCCCCCAUUCCCACAGUGCUGAUGAAGAAGCUGGACCACCCCCACAUCGUGAAGCUGAUCGGCAUCGCCGAGGACGAGCCCACCUGGAUCAUCAUGGAGCUCUAUCCCUACGGAGAGCUGGGGCAGUACCUGGAGCAGAACCGGCUGGGCCUGGCCGUGCCCACCCUGGUGCUGUACGCGCUGCAGGUCAGCAAGGCCCUGGCCUACCUGGAGGCCAUCAACUGCGUCCACAGAAUCCCAGAUCUGAUCCAUUUCCCAUCCGUGUGCAUGUGGGAGAUCCUGAGCUACGGGAAGCAGCCGUUCUUCUGGCUGGAAAACAAGGAUGUGAUCGGAGUCCUGGAAAAGGGGGAUCGGCUUCCCAAGCCCGACCUGUGCCCGCCCGUCCUCUACACCCUCAUGACGCGCUGCUGGGAUUACGAUCCCGGGGAAAGGCCCAAAUUCCAGGAGCUGGUCUGCAGCCUGAGCUCUCCCACCCUCGCCAGCCCCGCCGAGUACCAGAGCCCGGCCAAUUCCCGGCGCACUCCUCCUCCCAGCCGGCACAACGUCUUCAAGCGCCACAGCAUGAGGUCCAUCCAGCCGGCGCCCACGGCCAACCUGGACCGCACGGAUGAUCCGGUGUACGGGAAUGUCAUGGAUCUGGUGCGGGCCGUGCUGCAGCUGAAGAACGAGAUCAGCCUGGUGCCUCCUGAUGGAUACAUCCUGGUGGUCAAGAAGAUCGGCCUUUCCCUACGGAAGCUCAUCGGGAGCGUCGACGAGAUCCUCCCCGACCUCCCGUCCUCUUCCCGCACCGAGAUCGAGGGCACCCAGAAGCUGCUCAACAAGGACCUGGCCAACCUCAUCAGCAAGAUGCGCCUGGCGCAGCAGAAUUCCGGCACUUCCCUGAGCUCGGAAUUCCAGCGGCAGAUGCUGACGGCUUCCCACGCCCUGGCCGUGGACGCCAAGAACCUCCUGGACGCCGUGGACCAGGCCAAGCUCCAGGCCAACCUGGCCAAGCCGUGCUCGGAAUGAGGGAAGGCAUUCCGCAACCAUCCGGGACGAGCCGGCUUUCCGUGGAUUUUUUUUUUUUUGGUUUGGUUUUGUUCGGUUUUUUUUUUUUUCCCCUUCUUCCUGCUCCUCGUGUCUCUGCGUUGCUCUUCGGAAGAUGGCAGGAAUCCGAUGGGGGGUUUUCCCUGGAAAAAGGUUGGGAUGGGGGUGGUGGAGAAGAGAGGGGGGGUGAAGAUCCCUCCGGCUCGGCGGCUUCCCGGCCGGGAAUGCUGGCGCAUCCAUGGAUCCGUGGAGCACGGAUGGCCGCGGGCGGCACGGCGGGACAAAGGACCUGGAGCGUGCCGGGAGCCGUGGGCACGGAAUUUUUAUUUUUUGGGGGGAGGUGGGGGGAGCUGGAAUUCCCAUGGGAACGAUGUCCGGAAGGAACCGUCGGCGUUCUCUUUCCCUUGCACAUUGUACAGAAGAGUUUAUUUAACGACGGCGAGCCUACGGAAUUCCGGAGCCGACGGAAUUCGGGAAGGGAUGGAUCCCCCCCCUCCAUGGAUCACGGCUUUUUAGGGGGGGGGACACAAACCUGGAGAACCUCUUCCAGCUGCGUUUUUUUUUUUUUCCCCGAGUUUUGUGUCAACGCCGCCGGCAAAAAUCCGCGGCUCCGUCGGGUUUGUGCUUCCGGUUGGGAACCCGGCGGAUUCGGGCUUUUCCCCCAGCGUUUUUCCCGCAGUUUUCCCAGUUUAUUCCGGCUGAGAUAAAACCGUGCGCCAAA